CAGAAUUUCUGGAAAAGUUCAAUUAAUUUGUUCAGAGAAAAAACAAAGUAAAACAUCGUGCAAAGCAAACUUGUAUAUAUACCCAUUCACAGCAAAUAAUUCACAAGCUAUUGGUGCUACUCUCAACUGCUUUACUUUUCAAGCAAACAGCUUCACACCACCAAGAAUGGCGAUACUUGGAACCCACACGUCCAUUAUUUUUGGCCUUCUUGGUAACAUUGUAUCAUGCCUUGUCUAUAUGGCACCAUUGCCAACUUUCUAUCGAAUUUUCAAGAAAAAAUCGACAGAAGGAUUCCAAUCAAUACCAUAUUCAGUAGCACUGUUUAGCGCCAUGCUGACGUUGUACUAUGCGCACCUUAAGGCCAAUGCAUUUAUGCUCAUAACCAUCAACAUAGUUGGAUGCGUCAUAGAAUCUUUAUACCUCAUAUUCUACAUGAUUUAUGCAACCAAAAGUUCCAAGAUUUAUACAGCAAAGUUGCUUAUCUUCUUCAACCUUGGAGCAUUUGGGUUGAUUGCACUCUUCACCUACCUAUUCUCCACGGGUUCUCGACGAAUUGCAGUUGUGGGAUGGAUCUGUGCUGUCUUCUCUGUCUGUGUUUUUGCUGCUCCUCUAAGUGUCAUUAGGUUAGUCAUUAAAACAAAGAGCGUAGAGUACAUGCCAAUUUCACUCUCCUUUUCCCUCACAAUCUGUGCUGCUAUGUGGCUCAUGUAUGGCCUUUCUGUUGAGGAUUUUUACGUCGCAACACCAAACAUAUUGGGGCUAGCAUUUGGAGUCACUCAGAUGAUAUUAUACCUCAUCUACAGAAAAGGAAGAAACCAAAUCAUGCCAGUAAUUGACCCAAAAAAGGAAGUGAAUGGAAUCGACAUGAGCGCCGGUAUAGCCGAUCAGCCGAGGGAGAACACUGAUCGCCUGCAACAAAUGGAAGAAAAUGUAGAACUGGACUGCACUUGAAACUCCAACGUGUGUUGGGAAUAUAUUUUUUAUUUGUACUCUUGGCCUUAUUCAUAAUUAAAUAAAAAAAUAGGGUUCAUCAGCUAGCUUAAAUUUGUUGAAAUUCCAUGUGGAAAUAAUUGGAUUUGAGAGCGUGGCAAUCUCUGACAGAAUUUAUAUGCAUGGGAUUGCGAAUGAAUUUCCCAAUUAAUUUGUUGCAAGCAAUAAUAUGAAGAACAAAGCUGUUCUCUGCCAUUCCUUUUAAACAGCCACACUUCAAUUCUCCUGGAUUCAGCACUGGAAGGGGAAGGCAUCUUCUUCUUUUGUCAACAGAAUCGGAGUUAAAUUAUUAAAGAGAUAACACAAAAAAAAAAAAAAUGUAAGUUUGUAAUUUACUUGAAUCUCCCUGAAGUUUAUCUUAAUUUGAAUGCUCCCCAUAUUUUUUGAAAUUUCCAACCUCCCCGGUUGCUUACACCACCGCAAAAUUAGGGUUCUCUUUCAAUUCCUACCAUCCUUACGAUUCAUCUGAUUCAUUAAUCAGUAAUCAGAAUCUCAGCAAUUUCACACUAUCUUGCAACCAUGAAGCAUAGUGACCAAAGAUGAAGAGAAAGUCGACAAAAUCAAAGGCUCAACUUCGAGCAUGGGCAACAACUGGAAGAAGAAGAACAUGCAGACAUUGGGAGGGACCGGCCUCUCUCUCGAAGCCUCUGCUAAUGCCGAAUCAACGAGCAACAAGUACAAUCCAGCAUUCAAAAGUUAUAAAUUAACUAAUUUUUAAGUUUCUAAUUAUAUUCUGAAACUUGAUCUGGUCUUGUGUUGAUCAUUUAUAAUUUUGUUUAGUUCUAUGGAUUCAUGCCUAUUAAUUAUAUAAUUGGUAUGGUGGAUUGUGUGAAUAUAACUUUAGUCUAGACGUGACGUACUAGGUAGAGGGCUUUUAAGUUGUGCAAUGUGUGUCUUGUUCUGGGUUUAGUUUUUUAGUUUACUUUUUUUUUUUUCAAUUAUAAUUUGAUGCCAUAAAGAUUUUCAUUUUUUUUUUAAAAUAACAGUGUUAAUUGAAGUUCACUCUGUAAAUGGUAUAUAGCGUAAUUUGUUUGAGCUUGAAUCUGUAAUGAGCUAGAGUUUUUUCUAUCUUGAUAACUAGAACACUCUGAAAGGCUAAUAUAUGAAUUUUCAUUUGAGUUGUUUUGGAUUGAUCGGUAGCUUCUUAAUGCCUGAUUUAGAACAAUUUGUUGAACAAAGAGCCAAUAGAAAGCCUAAAUGUUCUGAAUUUUGAUUUUUGGAGGAUGGGGAAAUAUAAGGGAUAGUAAGGUUGUAGAGUUUGGUACAGUGCCUUAUACAUUUAAAAUCUUCUCGCUCUUGUUUGUCAGUGAAGCAAAGGGAGUUCUAUAAGAAUGCCAAGUUUGUGAGCAAGUAUUAGAAGUCAUUGAAGCAACGAAGUCAGCAGAAUGAUGCUUCCUCUGCAGUAAGACCCAGAAUAUGUUUGUGAAUGUAUACAUAUAUGUACACACCUUCAGGUUGAAGCUAAAUGUGAUAAGCCAACUGUAUUGCUUGUCACAAGUGAUUAAAUAUUGUUUAUAGUUGCUAAAUAUUCUACAAUUGCAUUUGCACUUGUAAAUAUAGAGGAUGAAGUAACAAGUUGAGUUGAUGAAUUCAAAUUGUUUGGCUGACUCCUGAAAAUGUUGAUUUAUGGUGUAUUUUUCUUCUUGAAAUCUAUAACACCUUGUUUUGGAAGCCAAUUUCCAGAUUAAAGUUAGGUUUCGGAAUGUAAUCUUUGAUAUGUACAUGCAUAGAGGUGUUGAUAUUACUGAAUCAUCCAAUAUUCAAUGGCUGUGGCAGGAUCAAAACUGAAGAAUAUAAAGAAAAAGAAGAAGAAUAAACCGAGAAUGGAAGAAUUGUAUCAGAAGAAGAGCAGGCAAGAAUAGAGAGGGGUGCAAUUAUUCUGACAAAGAAGGAAGAAACAGAAAAGGCUGAAGCUGAAAGGAAGGCAACAACUAGCUAAAACUCCAUUGAUAUCAGUAACUAGUUUGAAAUUCAGCAUCUUUGCUUCUCAUUUAUGAAAUGGUAGCACAAAUUUUGUUGAUGAGAGAUCUUACUUAAAGUUUUUUGUCAAAACUCGGUAGAUAAAUUUUCUGCUGUCAUAAUUUUUUUAGAUCAAAGUAAAAAGAGGAAAUCAUCUGUUGUAGCUUGUUUAGAUCAUUGAUAAAUUGGAGUCGAGUGCCAUAUUUUUUUAUGUUUUUUAA